AUGGCUGGUUCCGGUGUGCGCCAGUGUCUUCGCAACGUCACCGUCUACCUGUUGCUGCUUGUCACCAUCUCCACGCUCGGCCCGCUGCAGUUUGGCCUCCACCUCGCCGAGCUCAACGCCCCGCAAGAUGUCAUCACCUGCCGCAAAAAGUCCGUCUCGAUCGCUGCCCGCCUCUCGACAUGGGUCACUUCGUCCCGCCCCGGCAAGAACAAGAACCCGUCCCCCGGCCUCCUCCCCGACUGCAUCCCCAUGAACGAGGCCGCCUUUGCCACCAUCUCGUCUCUCUUCACCCUUGGCGCCCUCGCCGGUGCGCUCGCUGCUGGGCCCCUGUCCUCCAAGCGCGGCCGUCUUCCCGCCAUGCGCGCCACGGCUAUCCUCUACGCCGUCGGCUCCCUGAUUGAGGCGGUCGCAGCCAGUGUCUGGGUCAUGUCCCUGGGUCGUCUCAUCUCGGGCCUCGGCGCCGGCGCUUCCACCGUCAUCGUCCCCCUCUACAUCAGCGAAGUCUCUCCUCCCACCGAGAGGGGUCUUUUCGGGGCCAUGACCCAGGUCUCCAUCAACGUCGGCAUUCUCUUCACGCAGAUUCUCGGAUACUUCCUGAGCUACGGACACGAAUGGCGCUGGAUCCUCGGCGCUGGGUUGUGCAUCGCCGCCAUCCAGGCUACUGGCUUGCUUUGUGUGCCCGAGAGCCCGCGGAUCCGGGGCAAGAGAUCCGAUAUCCAGGGCGAGGUGGAGACGUGGGGUUCCGAGGGAAGCUCUCCGGCCCACGCGGAGCAUGAGGGUCUGCUGGCCGAGGCGGAUGCAACGGAGCCGCCUUCUCACUCGUUGACUGCAUCAAGGACGCCGGCCCACCUCGGCUUCGCGCAGAUUUGCGGCAUAAACUCGGUCAUUAUGUACUCCGUCUCUCUCUUCUCCAACAUGUUUCCGACCUCCUCGACCCUCCUGACUAUUGCCAUUUCGGCCGUCAACCUCAUCAUGACGGCUUCCUGCGCGCCGCUGCCGGACCGUCUCGGCCGCAAGGCCUGUCUACUUCUCUCCAUUCUGGGACAGGGCACCAGCGCUCUCGCCCUCGCCUUUUCCGUCGUAUUUGGGGUCAGGAUUCUCUCCGUCAUCGCGGUGCUGUGCUUUGUCGGCUUCUUUGCCGUUGGGCUCGGUCCGGUACCAUUCGUCCUGGCCUCCGAGCUUGUGGGCCAAGAGGCCGUGGGUGCGACGCAGAGCUGGGCCCUGGCGGCAAACUUCACGGCCACCUUUCUCGUCGCGCAGUUUUUCCCCAUCAUCAACACGGCGCUGAAUAAUGCGCUCGGCGGCCACGGCUGGGCUUUUUUUCUCUUUGCUGCACUGGCCGCCGGGUCGGCCUUGUUUGUGCUGCUCAAAGUGCCCGAGACUCGCGGCAAGAAGGACAUGGAUGAAGUUUGGGGCCGAAGUCGACGCGUGGAUUAG